UCUUUAUAUGUAUCGUCAACCGGGUCAGAAGAUUGUGAGCGCAAUGAUGUUGCCGCUGUGUUCUAUCACUGGGUGCAGCCUGCGACGGUCGGCAUGCCUUUAUUGCCAUUCAACAACGGUCUACUAUCAAUAGCAUCAUCGCUAAACGACUUCCUUCCAGCUUUAGAGUCAAUCAGUCAUUUCCACUGCAGUUGUUCGCAUCGGGUAGGCUGUCGAUCAGGUAGACCGAGCAAGAAAUGUGCAUGUUGAUGUUUUGGCGUUCGAGUCAGCCUCGUAACUUGGCAUUUAUAACCGAUUCCGAAAUGACUCUGUGUAAUUGGACGCUCUUGACGGCCUUGUGUUGCAUGGCGAAAAUCUCCCUUUGCUAUUGGGUUGGCUGGCAGACUAGAGGCUCAGCUGGAACGCCACCAAAAUCCGUAUCUGGAGAUGCCAACUUGUGGCUGACUUUUGAGAUGCUCCCUUCUUUUUGCCCUUUUUGAUUCAUAUCUUCCUGUUAUUUUAUGCUUCUUCUGCUCUUUCGUAAGUCCGAUGUGCAGCCUGAAUACAAUCUGAUGGACGCCAUGAAGAAGCUCUUUGGCUGGAGAAAGACAGCUCUUUACCUCACCAUUCUCGCGACAAUCCUCACAAUCUUCCUAGUCACAGUGCUCAUCAUAUCCCUCCAGGUAGUCAAUGGCGGCGGGGCAUCUAUCUUUGGCGAAACGGCCAUCCUGAGCGGUUCAUGCGAUAAAAUCUCCCGUGCAAAUCUCUGGAUCCAUCUUGCCAUCAACAUCAUCGGAACAGGCGUCCUCGGCUCCUCCAAUUUCUUCAUGCAAGUCCUCGUUGCUCCAACACGACAAGAUGUUGAUCGUGCCCAUGCUGCAAAGCGCUGGGUAGAAAUUGGUGUGCACUCCAUUCACAACUUUCGCUUCAUUUCAAAGCGUCGGAUUUUCCUUUGGGCGCUUUUCUCACUUACAAGUAUCCCUCUACACUUGGUUUUCAACGGUUCUGUGCUGGAGUCAAAGGCUACGAAUGGAUUUUUGGCCAUCAUGGUCUCGGAGGAUUUUCUGGAUGGUGCAAGAUAUACUCUUCCGUCUGUGACGACUACGUCCAACUAUACAUAUCUUGUGAACGGCGAGAGCACCCCCAACAGAACUAUCAAGAGUAUCAAGAAUUCUCUAAAUGAAGAGUCCUGGGAACGCUUAGAAUUUCAAGACUGUAUGCGACGCUAUAAUGAUCUUGAAGCACUCAUGCUGAAUCACCGGCAUGUCGUUAUGGUCAUGAGCAAUCAGAACAACACGCCCAGCUCUCAGUGGACGCGAGAAAAUGUCGUCAAAGUAAAUAAUGACUGGGAUGAUUUCAAUGCAACAAAUUCCCUCUGGUUCGCUGGCCGGUACAAUCGUUUGAGAGACUCGCGCGGGCUCAUAACAAAUUCUACGCAUAAUAACACGGUACCUGGCUACUACAUGCAACUCAAUCCAGAUACCGGAGUCAUCCACAUGAACGAAACAGAGUACAAGCCCGCGUUUCAAACGAUGAAAGUUGACUACUGCCUCUCCGAAAGAUUUGAUGCUCCCUGUCGAUUGAGCAUUGCAAAUCCUCUUCUUCUUAUUGUCUGCAUCAUGUGCAUCACUAAGUGCUUGUUAUGCGCUUAUACCCUGAAAGUCAGGUCCUGGAACACUGAAAAUCCCCUCAUGACUGUCGGGGAUGCAAUUUCUUCUUUCAUUGCCAAGCCGGAUACUUGCACACAGGGGAUGUGCACGCUCGACGCUGAGGACCUACAUAUGAAACUUGAUCCAGACAGAGUACUGGGCACUUCAAGAGUGUGGAAGAAGAAACAGGCGGUAGCUGGGAAUGCAGUGAAUCCGGGUAUUUGGAUCCUUUCUUACAUGCUUAUCGGAAGUCUGUUGGUUCUUAGUGGACUCCUCCUUGCACCGGCACUGCAGACUCAAUCUUUGCGAGAGUCUCGAUUCGCACAUCAUCAGAAAAACGCCGACGUCAACGAUUCUGGACUGCAGUCAGCAUCACUGCUUAGCCUUACUAUGAUAUCGAAUACACCUUGCCCUGAGUCCGAUGAUCCUGGCAAAGCACAAUUUACCGGGCCAGAUGGUUCUAGGAGGAAGCAACUCCAAGGUCAUUUCGGCUGCUUGCCACUGCAUCCCCGUCAGUUCGAGCCAAGCAGUUGGAAAAGGCGGCACGGUUACUGCUCCUCUAUUGGAGAUAUCGGAAAGCGUAGGCGGCCCAUUGGAUCUAAUGGCGACAAUGAAAUUAAGAUGGGGAGAGGUACCGACGACAAAUACAGAUGGUGA